AUGAACAUCUCCCACCACCAUGCGCACAUCUUCUACGACCUCACCCGCCGCUGCUUCGCGCUGGAGGUCAUCAAGAAGAAUGGCUGCCUCGUGGAGGGGAUUGUCCACCUCCCCAGAAACCUUCUGGUCAAGUUCGAUUCACAGGAUCUGCUUCAGAUUGGGGAUAAAGAGUUUUACUUUGUGUUACCGAUAAGGAUUACUCUAGCAAUUGGAAUUGGGAUAAGUUUGUUUUUUGAAUCAUAUGAUGGAGGAGGAGUUGCGAGAGUGGCCGCCGAUGGAGGAGUGGGAAUGGGGAAGGGAGCCGAUGGGGCUGAGGACGAGGGUGGACUAAAAAGAUCUAGUGGUCUUCUCUCUGUUGUGGGAGUCUCCGAAUGGGCUUUCUUGAACUUGCGGCUCGCGGCUCGGAGACUUGAACUUGCGGCGGCUAUCUUACUCGGAGAUUUGGAUUGCUCGGAAGAGACUUACAGCGGCGGCGGAGGAGGACGAAGAGACUUGAAGGCUGGGUUCGAAUGUUCGACUAAGGGAUUGAAUUUGAAAUCUAGAGGGGGAUUGAAUCAUUUGUAUGGGAUUGAAGGCUGGGUAUGA